GAAUACUCAGUAAUGGCUGUAGAGCUUCAUGACCCGGCGGGUCGCACCACGGAGGUUCUCUCGGAGGUUGUCGUAACGGUUUUAGCUGGACAAAUGGUGAGAUAUCUCCAUUUAUUGUAGCGUGGGAUCACACCAUGGAGGGCGACGUGAGAGUGAGACCGCUUGGAGGCCGAGAGCGCAACCAUCAAUACUGCGCCUUCCGAAAAAGGUGAUGUCCGCCGGCAAGUUCCAAACUGGGGCCAGUUCACAUGACUGCUACAUGGUAUGUGCAACGUCAGAGGAGGAUUGGCUGCGUUCUGCCAACGUUCUGCUUACCCUGGUGAGCUGGAGAAAGCGUGCAAGCACAACGAGGACGUAUAUAAUCGACGGAGGUUCGGGCUGAAGAAAUGUGCAAGAGGAGCACUCGCCAAAACCCGCGCCCAUCGGUGACGUUAGAGUCGACCCCAACCCCAGGGAAAUCGUCGGCUUGCCUAAAUCGUACCAGAAAACAGGACUCGUGAACCCGCCCUUAUAAACAGGGUCUCUCACGACUCCGAAUCCUCCCACUACACUCAUCAACCAUGUCGUCUGCAGUCCGUGCCAUCCCAAAACACUCCCGCUCGCUCUCUGGGUCGCUCGCCGCGAUCGGCGGGAGGCGCGCGUUCCACUCGCCGUUUGCCGUGCUCUACACCGCACCACCCGUCGCGCACAAUGCGCAGUCACCACCCAUCGAGCAAUCGCCUCUGUACGAGAAGCAGCUCGAGAGCACCGCCGCACCCACCCUAUCGCCCGCGGGCCACCACACCUACGUCGUCUCGGAGCCAGACCCCCGCGCAACGCCAUAUGAGGUGCCCUACGGCGCGUACCCUACCUCUGCGCCCUACCAAAACUACCCCGCGACCGACGCGCCGCUCACGAGCCCGCGGUCGUCGACGAGUCCCGACCUCGCGCACCCGAUGACGACCCGGGCCGCGCCACAGAACCCCACGGGGUCGAAUGAUGCUGCGGGCAUCCAGGAGAGCGCCGCCGUCCGCUUCCGCGAUGCGCCCGGUAAGCUCAGCAAGGGCAGCGAGGGCGGCCUCGACUUGAUGGACGCCGCGUCGACCAAGCCCGGCGAGGGCGAGCUCGCCUCAAGAAACCCGCAACCCGACGAUCCCAAAGUCGCCGAGAAAUUCUCCGCGUUGGGCGUCGAUAAAGCUUGGAAGGCUAGGAAGUAGAUGGUUCGGAUUCCGGUUGGUUGCGGUUAUUUAUUGCAUUCUCUCAUGACCCAGGUAUAACGUCGCUCUACGAAAGUUAAUAAUCCCGGUGAUGCCAUUUCACUGUUCUUGUACCAUACUUCUUGCUGUUCUCCCUUGUACCACCAUCCCUUUCCUCAUCUCCUUGGAGCUUGUACAACAUCCGGCCUCACCCGCUUAUGCCCGUAGACGAUCUCCAAUACUGGCAAAGCUCGUUCUGUUACCAGCAGAUCUGUAGUGUUUUGCUUAAUCAAAAUGUGACCUGGUUACGUGCGCUUUACCACCGCUGAGUGAACGGUGUUGUACCGCUAUAUAUAUGCACCCUUCUCAUGCAUGUCAUC